GGAACCUGCUGCACCCCAAACCCAGAGACUCCAGGGCCCAGUCCUCCGCAGCCCUUCUCCUCUCUGAACCCCAGUCUCUUCUUUGAUCUGAAGAGAACCGAGCUCUGAACUGCUUUGGGGUCACUGGCCCCUUUGGAAAAUUGUGGAAGCCAUGGGUCCUUCUCCAGAAGCACAUGUGUGGUGCCCAAGUGCUCUCGUACCUGUAGAUGACGCCAGGGGCUCUGGCCAGACUGCUUAGCUGGAUCACCCCCUUGGUUCUCACCAGCACCCCAAUGAAGUGGUGCUCUCAGGACCCCGUUUUACAAAUGAGGAAACAGGAUAAAUAAGUUGCCCGAGGUUACACAGCUAGUACGUGGUGGGGCUGUUUGAACCCAAAAUCCUGGCCUCCCACGGGAGUCCCUAACUGCUGAGCAGCGCUGUCCCAGGUGCCACCCUGUGGUCAGUGGGAAGUUGGUGCAGGAAGGCAGUCAUCCCACCCACAAUUCUGAAAUUAUGGAGCAUCUUCCCAUGAGCGUGGGGCCUCAGUUUGGUGUGUGGGCUGGGGGUUCUCCAUGCCUGACUUCUGGGUAUCACAGAUCAAAUCCCUCAGUUUCCUCUCUGAAGAAAGAAGGCAGAGUCAGCCCUCCUCUGUAGCAGAGCUGGGGAGGCCAGUGCAUUGGAAUUCACAUAGUAGGUGCUUCUUAAAGUGGGGCCCCUGGAUAGGCAGGAACAAAUGCAGAGAACCCACCCACUGAAGCAUCCUGUCCUCCAUGUGGGGCCUGGCAGUCAGCACUGGGUGCUGGGAGGGGAGGGAGGCCAUCUCAGAGGCGCCCAGCCUUGCCAAUCCCAGCUGCUGCCUGGCCACAUCAUGCUGAGGUCCACCCUCUCUCCCUCCUGGGUCCUGCUUUCAAUUCUGUUUCUUUCCGAGAAAAACCACACACAGUUUCAUUUUCUCUUUCUCCUGAUGGGGUGGGGCAGACUGGGUGUUUGUCUUUGGAGUGUGAGUCCUGACAGCUGUGGGUCGAAGCUGACGGCUUCCCUGUGGGUUCAGAGGUUCCCCGAGUGGGGGCUCAGAUGCCCAGCCUCCUGCGGCUCACACCCGCAAGGCCACGGCACAGGUAUCUGCUCCCAGGUCCACUGGCCCCUUGCCUCUGCUGUGAGCAUGGCCGAGGCUCCUGCUGACCCAAGCAAGAGAGGCCACCUUGAGCAGAAGAUCCUGCAGGUGUUGGGAGAUGCCAGCUCCCCUCUGAAGUCCUACCAGCUGGUGAAGGAAUGCCAAGCGCCCAAGAAGGAGCUCAACUCAGUCCUCUACCGAAUGGCCAAGGAGGGGACAGUCUCCCAAGUUGCCCCUGCAACAUGGCGCCUGGGCACAGGUGAUCCCGGAGGUGUGGAUCCCACCCAGCCUGCCCAGGACAGCCAUGCCCAGAAGCCCCAGGAAGAAGCACCUGCCGCAGCAGAGAGUCCUGGCCUUCAGCUCAGCGAGCUGGAGGAAAAGAUCCUCGGGUUUCUGAAAGCCAGCGGGCCCUGCAAGGCCCUGCACAUCGCCCAGGCCCUGGAAAUGAGGACAGCGAAGGACGUGAACCCAACCUUGUACAAGAUGAAAAGCAAGCGCCUUCUAGACCAGGACCAGAAGCUGCAAGUGUGGCGCGUCUCUGCACCAGAAGAUUCUGAAGGAAGAAAUCCAUCUGCUGUAGCAGUGCGCCAGCAGACUCCAGUCUACAUGAUCUGCCAGAGUGGACCCAACUGCCACAUCACCAUCACAAACUCGGAAGGCAUCCAGAUCGGACACGGGAACGUCUUAAUGAAGCAGAGAGUCUUUGAGGGCAGCGGUCCCACAGCUCCCAACCAGCUGCCCCCAACUGCCCCAGGUGAUUCCUCGGCUCAGGGACCCCUGGCAGGUGGCUGGGGGUCCCAGGAAAUCCACAUGGAGCGGUCCCUGCUCAGACGGGUGCAGGUGGGACACAGCAACGAGAUGAGCUUGCACAGCGACCUGCCGGAAAGCCCUGCCCACGGGCUGUCAUCCAGCCCCCCAGUCUCAGCCACGGCCGGUGACUCGGAAACUUCAUUUGAAACGCGAACGCCCCAGCCAGGCCCUCACCCCAAGGCGGACGCAGUCCAGAGAGUCCACAUCAAGUCCUGCUUCCUCGAAUACACCAGCAUCGGCAACAGCAACAGGAUGACCGUCCUCCCAGCAGGCCCAGAGGCCACCAGCCCAGGCUCAGCCGCGGGGCCUGGAGAUGGCCGGCAGGACCCCGGGGAGCUGAAGGAGGGCACAGAUCCCACUUCUGAAGCCGAGCCGUCCACAAGCCAGGUCCCCGAAGAUGGGGGCCAGGAAGCCCGGGGCAAUCCUGCUCAGCUCACCCCCAAGCUGAGGGAGAUGACUCUUGGAAACAGCAGUCCCCCCGCUGCAGAGCACAGUGUCUCUGUGGGCGGACGCAGGGAGCUGGAGGGGGGCGAGUAGCAGGGACCUGGGGCUGCACUUGGGAGGCGGCAGGUGCCGGGGAACCUGGGCAGGGUGCCUUGUCUCAUGGACUCUGGACCUGCCCGCUGCCCACAUCUGGCCAGCAGGAGCCGGCUUUCAGGGUGGGGAAGGGCUCAGGCUGAAGACUGACCAGAAGCAGCCUUGACGCCGCGAGGAGGGCUGGGUGGGGCUCUCUGUUCUCUCCGGGGCCGGGGCAGGUCCUGCCUCCUGGCCUUCCGCCUUGGCUGCCUGCGCGGGACAUCACAAACUCACGUCUAAGUCCCCCAGAGCCGCAGCAGUGGGGGGGCCUGGAAACGACAGACCCCCGUCAGAAUGGGCGCCCUUACAGGAGGCUGAGGGAGCUGGUUUCUCCCCUUGGCACACAGCUUCCCUCCCUGGGAGGAACAGCAAGUGCCGUCUUCAAAACAGAGCAGCCCUCGGCACACGGAGCUGUGGCACCUUGGUGUCGGCCUUCCCAGCCCCCUGAGCCGUGAGCAUUAAACUUCUGGUGUUUAUGAAGUGCCCAGUCAGAGGUGUUUUGUUGCAGCAGCCGGAUGCACUGAGACACCGACCCACACUCUUCCCUGAAGUCCUGCCUUCAAGCCCUGUCAUGCCUACCUGACCUUCUAGAAUCUUCCUUUCUCUAGAAUCCAUCUAGGAUUUCUUAGUUGAACUCUCAGAGAGCAAAUUGCUCCCUGACCUCCUGCAGUCCCAAGCAAGUCUUUGGCUGGCCCAGGGGUCAGGUGACCUUCGCUGACCCAUCAGCAGGGACUGGCCAGUCUGAGUCACAGGGCUGAUCCUUGGAACCAGGAGGCCGUCAGCGGGUCCCCCUGACUCAGCCUUCGUGGGACCGCUGGAUAGGCAAGAACCUCAGGAGUCCCUUGCACAACCUCAGGGGUCCCCUCCAAGGCUGGGGACUUUACGGGGCUCUGUGGCCCUGUCUGUUCACUUU